CUCAUUUCUCUAUCAUAACUCUAGCUUCCAUGACACUUAAAAAUUACGUAUGUUUGGAAUCAAAUCUAAACUGUAGACUUUCUUCCGUCAAAUGGGUCUUCCUCGAGUUGAUAUCGACAAGCCAAAGUUCGACCAGUCGACCUACUGGGGAAGGUUCCAGCACUUUUUCCUGCUCUGCAACCCCCUGAACAUCCUAGCCACCGCUGAGGAGCUGGACAGGGCCCGGGACAUCGUGACCCGGUACAGGGACGGCAAGGAUGUGCCCGAAUGCAAGACCAUUGACGAUGUGUGGCAGGCCAAGUACCUGUACGACUCCGCCUUCCACCCGGACACGGGCGAGAAGCAAAUCAUCGUCGGGCGGAUGUCCUCGCAGAUGCCCGUGAACACCAUCAUCACUGGAUGCAUGUUGAUUUUCUACAAGAGUACCAAGGCGGUGGUCUUCUGGCAGUGGUUCAACCAGACCUUCAACGCCAUCGUGAACUUUUCCAACCGAUCGGGCGCCUCUUCGAUCAGCUACCCGCAGCUGGGCAUCUCCUACUGCCUCGCGACCGGAGGAGCUCUGGGCACGGCCCUGUCCAUGAACCGGGCGGUGAGGAACAUGAACCCGCUUCUCAGCCGACUGGUCCCGUUUGUGGCAGUGGCCGCCGGCAACGGCAUCAACAUCCCCGUAAUGCGAAGUCAGGAGCUGAUCGAGGGAGUGUCGUUGCUGGACGAGAAGAACAAGGAGCUGGGAAAGUCCAAGAAGGCGGCCGCCAUUGGCAUCUUCACCGUCGUGAUGAGUCGCGUGGCCAUGGCGGUGCCCACAAUGACUCUAACUCCGGUGCUGAUGAAUAGCCUGGAGCGCCGAGGUAUUCUGGCCAAAGACUCCAAGUUGUCUGCUCCACUCCAGGUGCUGAUCAUCGGCUCCAUCCUGAUCUUCUCGACCCCAGCUGGCUGUGCUCUGUUCCCGCAACGCUUCGGCAUUCCGGUGGAUAGCUUGGAGCCGGAGGUGCGGGACAGCAUCAAGAAGCAGCGCCCCGACUUGCCCACCGUUUGGUACAACAAGGGACUCUAGACUGCCUUUGUUUUCUAUAUGGAGUGGAGUGGAGUGGAGAGGCUUUCCCUGACGUUUACUCUCAAAAUCGCCUGUUAUUUCUACUCGGAUUUAAUACAUUUCCAUUUUGCCAUGAUCUGCCCCAACAA